GAUAACGUCUAACCGCUGUCGCCAUUUACAUAGCUGAAUUUGGUAGCGACAGAUAAGCACCACUGCCCUUAACCGCUCUUUCCGUUUGCCCUUUUCAUCUACGAUUCGGCUCUUCUGUUUUCAUGGCUUCCGAUUUCAAAUCCAUUCCCAUCAUAGACAUUUCUCCUCUCUUGAAGAAAUGCAAUGAUCCAAAGAUGGUUGAAGAUCAAAGCGUGUUGGAAGUUGUUAGAAUGUUAGAUCAGGCUUGUAGAGAGACGGGGUUCUUCUAUGUGAAGGGCCAUGGUGUUCCUGAGUCCCUCCUCAAAGAGGUUAGAGAUGUGAUGCGCAAGUUUUUCAGUCUUCCAUAUGAGGAAAAACUUAAGAUCAAGAUGUCUGUGGCAACUGGGUUCAGAGGAUAUCAGAGAAUUGGAGAAAAUAUAACCCAAGGCAAGCCUGAUGUGCAUGAAGCUAUUGAUUGCUAUAGGGAAGUGGAACCUGGGAUCUAUGGUGCUCUUGGCAAAACUUUGGAAGGAUGUAAUAUGUGGCCAGAUAAUCCUCCCAACUUCAAGCACUUGAUGGAAGAGUAUGUCAGCCUCCUAACAGAUCUUUCAAGAAAAAUUAUGCGGGGUAUUGCUUUAGCUUUGGGUGGGUCACCUAACACAUUUGAUGGCGAGAGAGCAGGGGAUUCAUUCUGGGGAAUGCGUAUAAUAGGUUAUCCUGCUUCCACUGGGACCAAAAGACCAGAGAUGCAAGAUAAUGGCAUAGGAUGCGGUGCUCACACAGACUAUGGUCUUUUGACAUUGGUUAAUCAGGAUGAUGAUUUAGCUGCCCUUCAGGUGAGAAACCUAUCUGGUGAGUGGAUAUGGGCUGUUCCAGUUCCUGGUACCUUUGUCUGCAACAUUGGCGACAUGCUGAAGGUUUGGUCCAAUGGUUUGUAUCAACCAACACUGCAUCGAGUGAUCAACGGCUCCGCAAAAUACCGAGUCUCACUACCAUUCUUUUUCGAGCCAAAUUUCAAUGCUAUCGUAGAGCCUUUGGAUUUCUGUAAGGAAAAGACAGGUGGGACUGCAAAUUUUGAAAGGAUCGUUUAUGGUGAGCAUUUAGUACGUAAAGUCACCACCAACUUUGUGAUGUAGGAUUUGUUUUUACUACCCUAUCCUCCCUUCAUAGCUUCUAUAAGCAUAUAUUCUCCAUAAGUUUGCCUGUUUGAAUUGUAGUGGUUGCAAGGCAUUUCCAUCAUAACUGAGGUCUACCUCAUGAAAUAACUUAUGGUCGUGCAAAUAAAAACAAAAACAUUGUGUUGUUGUUGCAUAAGAUUGUAGAAUGCAAACUAGUGUAAGAUUCAUUGUUUUUGUCAAUGAACAUGAAUGGUCUAAUGUACAA